AACUACUCCUCGGAGCCUUAGUUAGAGCUGUCCUCCAACCUGGCCCUCAUUUCACCUUGACCUGACCUCGUGUUUCACUUCAACCUUCAAUUCUCCCAUCCCUCUCAAUGAUAAUACCUUUUCCUCCCCCUCCCUUCGGGUCUCUCAUCAUCCGUCGUGUCCCAUUCCUUCGUCAAGCCUCAAGUCGGCCCCUCCUAGCCACCAAUUAGGGUCACCGUUGAUUGAAACCCCCCUAUCCUCGGCUCACCCUCCCGGUCGAAGGAGCCAGCCGUUGCCCUCUCCCAGCUGCAGACGGUCACAAUUGAGCAAACGGCAUUUCUUAUCCGGCCUGGUACUCAGGAUAAACCUCAGCUGCUAAAGACAUCCCCGAUUGGCCCCGACCGACCAUGGCCGACUGAUCAACAAGUUAGCUUUCACAACGCCCACUCCGCCAGCAUCAGGGGCACUCCGCGGCGCUGGGUUAAAGGAAGGCCUGCAUUGGCGCCCCCAGCCUAAGCAAAGAACCAAACCAUCGUUUAACAUCACUUCCCACCUCUUUCUCUUGCCUGCUACCUCGCUCAACACAUACACGAGUCAAGAUCGCCCUUGUUUCUGAGUGCCGGCUUUGCGGGUUUGGCUUCUCGGUAAGCUCGUCUUGUCGACGUCAGCAGACGCUCCUACGUGAGAUAGGGUCUCAGCCUCUUCGACUCCUGGAUCAAUUCGGAAAAACUGUAUUCGGCCUCACGAGCCAUCACCUAUCUGAUCCAGUCAUGAAUUAAAGGAUCCUGAAUCUGCCACCUGCGGUCCACGCAGGACGAUUUUCAGGAACAAAACAGAGCUCAUCAAGCAAAUUCGAUCACAACAAAGUCUCUCAGCCUAAUUCGGCCCCACCAGAUUGCCACCCGUGUCUGUCGCCCUGGCAUUUCAUUGUUCAUCAAGAGGAGAUGACAUUUUGUCCAGAACCAUUACCUUUUCACAGUUUGUCCGGUCCUUUUCCUCCUCAGCAAAAUCCACGUCCGCGUUUGCGGUUCCAGCCCGAUAGUCAACAUUCUCUCACGUACGAAUAUUUUCCUGAACUUCCGUACAAUCAACACUACGGCUAUCCGACGCCGGCUGCAUCGAAUCGCACGGCCUCUGCAAUGGCGACUCCAGACGUUGACGAAAUGGAGCAAUUCCAACAACUCUCCGACCAGUAUCAGCCAAACCUGCCUGGACCAUUGAUAGGAAGUAAAAAACCACUAUCUGACCUCGUGACCGAAUACGCACAAGCUGAUUCAACAUACGUGGUCAAGACAAGGGCUCUCGAAGCAACUCAUUCCGCAUAUCGACAGGUCAAAGGUGACGGGCAAUGCGGCUGGCGAGGUGCUGUCUUCGGCUAUUUCGAGAUCCUGCUCCGAUCUGGAGAUCCCAGUUUGAUCACCCAAGAGUUGGUUCGACUCCGAAGCUUUGAGCAGACUAUGCGCAGCGUUGGCAUUGACUACGAUAUCAUAAUCGACAUGUUUGACUUUACUUGGGAGCUCUUUGACGCUCUCAAGUCUGCUGUCGAGCGGGGCGAUACCAAUGAGGCUGUGUUGCUUGAUUCACUCAAUGACGAGAAUAUAUCGAAUUCGAUUGUCUAUCAUUUCAAGAUGAUGACAAGCUCCUUCAUGCAACUUCAACCGGACCGAUACGAAGCAUUCCUGGAAAUGCCAGUUCAGCAAUAUUGUUUGACCAGGAUCGAUCCUGCAAACCAAGAGAUUGAUCAUGUUGGGCUUCAAGCAUUGACGGAUGCCGUCAUUGCGCCUGCAUACAUCGCGCUUGAAGUGGCAUAUUUGGACAGAAGCACCGGCGAUGAAGUGACUUCAUAUCAUUUCGUGGACAAUGCGAAAGGGUGGCCCACAAUUCGACUGAUAUAUCGGCCCGGUCAUUACGAUAUCAUUUACAAAGAGGAUCAGAUGCCUGCCCAAGGGCCGCAGCGGUUGCAGGUGUACCUGCAGACGGACACUCCUCAAUACAUCACCCCUCAACGGCCUGAGGUCUUCAAGUCUGAAGACCCUCAAGCUCUUGACGAACUAUCUUUCAUGUUCCCGCACGCUACACAGGCCAUGACAGAUUCGUCACUGUCGUUUUCGAGCAACGGCGUCUUCUCGCCUCGGUUCCAGAGUCCACCGGCCUUGAUUUAUGCACAGUCGAAUUCGGCACAAGGGUCAUACUUCCCACAUAUGCCGCCCAAUACUUUUCAUGCGAUACCACCUCCGCAGCACCAGACACAACAGGCAGCACCACCUCCUCCAGUCAGAACCCACUCCCUCCCACAACGAAGCUAUUCUUCGACGAUGCUGCAGCUAACGCCGCAAAUCUCGCCUUCGCCACAAUCUCCCCAGCCCCCGUCUCCGGCAACUCCUAAUUCUGCCGUCACUAAACCAGUCGUCAUGCCCAACUCGAAGCCAAAUGAGCCCCAGAUCAGAUACAACGAGAAUUGUUUCAAUUACAGUCUCCAGGGCAACAAAAGCAUUCCGCUGGAUCCAGCUUCGUUUGGCAGUUCGGCCUUGAGCCCCGCACAUUUUGCCAAUUCGGCCUUUCAACCGUUGAUAUGGAAUGCGGAGGAGGAAUACGGCAAGCGUGACUGAAUCAGCCUCUGUCCGAAUUGGCAGCACAGCUGGCCCUCACCCAAUGAUCAGGCGGCGCUCUGGAUUUUUUCUCCGGCGCCGGACAAUCCACGUCAAAUGCAUCAACCAAAACGUGUGCAAAUAAUUUCCUAUGCAAAUCGGGGGCAACAAUUCGACCAUGCAAUUAGUCCUAUGAACAUCGAAGCAUUUCCCUGGCGAACCGGAGCAACGGCUUUUCUGAUAUGAGCAUACCAGAUGCACAGCAAUAUGGGGGGAGAAAUCCACCGGUCUUUACUGAAGCAUGGCAGUCGUUUUCAUAUCCUUUUUCAUUCCUGUAUGACACCAAACCGUCACGACUGUCAUUACCGCUGUAUAACUAAUCACGAAUCCGGUCCUGAUAGAACCAGGAGGUGGGGAGAGCCGAGCUGUCCUUUCGAGCCCGGUGGAUCGGUUCAAAGUCUUUACGAGCAAGAACAACAACGGGAGAAAAAAGAGAAAACAGACUCGACAAGAAAACCCAACGGGACCGUUGCCACAAGGCUGCGGCUGUGAGCAUAGGCCCAAGGCGCAGGAAAGGCAAGGCAAGGCGAGGCGAGGCGAGCAGAGACAAAGUGGGGGUCUGAUUUGGCGCUUGCAAGCGCCCGAGUGUUUGUGAAAGGGCAUCCCCUUUUGAUCCUCGAAUCUUUUGCUUUGUGUUCUGCUUUUUUCUUUCUUUAACGGCAAUGAAAUAAUGUCUUACACUCCGAUUGCGCGAAAAGGGAGCGUAUACCUGGGUGUCUACGGAGGACACGCUCGGCUUGAACUUCAGGAUUGACACAGCCGGGCUCGCACGACGUAACGUAAGAUUGAUUGUCCAGCUGGCGUAGUGGUGGCGCCAUCACCGUCGUUGUCCUUGACCGAUCUCUGACGCGUACGGCCAUCUCUAUUCUAUGGAAGAUGCCACGGAGGGAAAGACAAGCGCCUCUGGCUGUUAGCCUGUGCUAGCAAACGCCAUCGUCUCGGGGUCGACGCUGCAAUGUGGUUGGUCUCAUUGGUGUGUCCGGGGCUGGGGAGGUCAAGGACGGACGGGGGCUGCAGACCAUCUAUCUGCCCUUUUUGGACCCAUUUUCACCAGCCAGUUCAAAGAAUAUCCG